UAUAUGGCAACUACAGGAGAAAGUGUUUAUGAGUGUUUAUUUAUAUUUAUUUUCCACUCGCUGUUUUUGGUUCUGAAUCACAGUACUGCAGAAAAAUGCUUAAUGCAAAACUUGGAAAAGUAGGAAAAGUACUUGUCUGCGGAAUGAAGGGCGUUGGCAAGACUGCUAUUAUCGAGCAAUUGCUGGGAUUCAAUUGGAAAGACUCCACAAUUGGGGAAUUGCAUCCCACCAUUGAAGAUAUCUAUGUAGCUAGUGUGGACACGGGGCGUGGAGCUCGAGAAACUCUGCGGAUCUAUGACACGGCCGGUUUGCAAGGAGAACAGGCACUUCCCCGUCACUAUCUUCAGUUUCCCGAUGCCUUUGUCCUUGUCUAUGAUCCCACCGAUCCACGCAGUUUGGAUAUGUUGGCUGACAUCAAGACCGACAUUGAUAAGCACAAAGAGAAAAAGGAAAUCCCUGUGAUUGUCUUAGCCAAUGUGAGAGCUCGCAAUAUAAAAGAUUCAUCACCAGCUACACCCAAUCAAGUGGAAGUUAUAAUGGAUCGGGCAAACACUUGGUGUCAACGUGAACGUAUCAAACACUAUACAGUGAACGCCAUGGAGCGACCAUCAUUAUAUGAACCAUUUACCGCCUUAUGUGCACGUCUUCAUCCUCCUCCGACGAAGAGCACUUUCCCACAACUGCGCCAAGUCAUGCAGAAUCGUCAAAAGAGCGAAGCGUAGUAAAUGGAAUCUCCGAAAUUUAAUUUUAACCCGAAUCCUUAAUAUUAAGAGCUGACUUACAAAGUAUUUACUAACGACUACUACUACUAAUUGAAGGUAAUUAUUUACAUACCAUAGGAUUAAUCACUUGCCUUUGUAUUAUCAUAUAUUUGUUGUUGUUCUGUGCAAAAAGUACUUAUACCAAGAGCGUGACUACGCCACUGUUUUGUAUUUAUUAUAUACAUACAUAUAUUACUAUAUACUUCUAUCUAGUAUAGCUUACGAGUAAA